CAGGACUACAUUUCCCAUGAGCACUCGCGCUUAUCGUUAAGCCACUGUCAUUUAGGCAACGGACGAAAAACGUGCGAACGCAAUAACCUGCUGGAUCCUGGAGAAGUUGGGUCGAUUUACCAUGUUAUCUCUGACAUUGAGACAACUAAUCAGGCCGGUGUGCCGUGUUUCGGCUGCCGUCAGAUCCCAGCAUUCAGCUGCGGCGGUCUCUGAUGACGAGCGCUCGUGGACGGGACAGGAGAGUCUGUCUCAAGAUGACCCCGAGAUGUGGAAGCUUCUGCAGAAGGAGAAGGACAGACAGAGCCGAGGACUGGAGCUCAUCGCCUCCGAGAACUUCUGCAGUCGUGCGGCUCUUGAGGCUCAGGGUUCAUGUCUCAACAACAAAUACUCUGAAGGAUACCCAGGAAAAAGGUAUUACGGUGGUGCAGAGGUGGUGGAUCAGAUCGAGCUCUUGUGUCAGAAGAGGGCUCUAGAGGCGUUUGACCUCGACCCGGCACUGUGGGGCGUCAAUGUUCAGCCCUACUCCGGAUCUCCAGCGAACUUCGCCGCUUACACAGCCGUCCUGAACCCUCACGAGCGCAUCAUGGGCCUGGACCUGCCCGAUGGAGGACAUCUCACUCACGGAUACAUGUCUGAUGUCAAGCGGAUCUCAGCCACCUCCAUCUACUUUGAGUCGAUGCCCUACAAACUCAACCCUGAGUCCGGUCUGAUAGACUAUGAUCAGAUGGAGUUGACGGCGAGACUCUUCAGACCCAGACUCAUCAUCGCAGGCACCAGCGCUUACGCUCGCCUCAUCGACUACAGCCGCAUCAAGAAGCUGUGCACCGAGCUGAACGCAUACAUGCUGGCGGACAUGGCUCACAUCAGCGGACUGGUGGCAGGCAAAGCCAUUCCCUCGCCGUUCACACACGCCGACCUCGUCACCACAACCACACACAAAUCACUGCGAGGAUCCAGGGCGGGGCUUAUCUUCUACCGGAAGGGUGUUCGCUCGCUGGAUAAGAAGGGCAAAGAGGUCAUGUAUGACCUGGAGGAGAAGGUCAACUUCUCUGUGUUCCCUUCACUUCAAGGCGGCCCUCACAAUCACGCCAUCGCCGGCGUCGCUGUUGCUCUCAAACAGGCCACAACGCCCAUGUUUCGUGAAUACAUCGCUCAGGUUCUGAAGAACUCGAAGGCCAUGGCUGAGGCACUGCUGAAUAAGGGCUACACGCUGGUCUCUGGAGGAACCGAUAAUCAUCUGGUUCUGGUGGAUCUGAGGCCUCAGGGGAUGGACGGAGCGCGGGCCGAGCGUGUUCUGGAACUGCUGUCCAUCACAGCCAACAAGAACACCUGCCCUGGAGACAAGAGCGCACUGACCCCCGGCGGCCUGAGACUCGGAUCCCCUGCUCUCACGUCUCGUCAGUUCAAGGAGGCUGACUUCCAGCAGGUGGUGGAUUUCUUCGAUCAGGGCAUCAAGAUCGCUCUGGACGUCAAGAAGAAGACCAAAAAGCUGUCAGAUUUCAAGAGUUUCCUGCUGGAGGACUCGGAGACGGCGUCUCGUAUCACGGAUCUGCGUCGCCGCGUUGAAGCUUUCGCUCGUCCCUUCCCCAUGCCUGGAUUCACUGACCAUUAAAGCAGCAGAUCAAACAUUACACCUUUUUAUUUUUUAGUUUAGCUUUAUGAUCAAUCACUAUUUUAUUAAUCAUUUACUGGAACUAAAAGUCUUAAAACGACCACCUGUCAAAAGUUUGGGAUAAGAACGAUUUUUAAUGUUUUUUACCGAAGUCUCUUAUUUAUUUAAUGAAAAAUCCAGGGAAAAAUGAAUAUUGUGAAAUAUUAUUACGAUGUUUCUAUUUUUAUAUACAUUCAAAUCUGAUUUAUUUCUGUGAUGCACAGCUGUAUUUUCAGCAUCAUUACUCCAGUCUUCAGUGUCACAUGAUCUUCAGAAAUUAUUCUAUUAUGAUGAUUUAUUAUCAGUGCUGGAAACUAAUAUUUUUUUUGGAACCUGUGAUACUUUUUUUGUGAUUCUUUGAUGAAUAAAAAGUUAAAAAGAAAAUAAUUUAUUUAAAAUAGAAAUCUUUUCUAACAAUGUACUCUACAGUUGUUGUUUUUUUGAAAGAAAUUAAGUAUUUUAUUCAGCAAGAAUGUGUUAAAUUGAUAAAAAGGGAUAGCAAAGAUACAUAGAUUUACAUUUUGAUUAAAACCUGUUCUUUUUAACUUUUAAUUCAUCAAAGAAUCCUAAAAAACAUGUUAGAAUGAUUUCUGAAGGAUCAUGUGACACUUCAUACUGGAGUUAUGAUGAUGGAAAUUCAGCUUUGCAUCACAGAAAUAACUUAUAUUUUGAAAGAUAUGAAAAUAGAAACCAUUAUUUUGUUGAAAUAACAUUUUGCAAGAAUAGUGUUUUUUUCUGUAUUUUAAAUCAAAUAAAUGCAGCCUUGAUGAGCAGAAGAGACUUUACAAGUCUCACUGAUCCCAAACUUUUGAGCAGCAGUGUAGAUACUGACACAAACAAGAAAGAACCAAACCGUUUGUGACUCACAUCUUUAUUUUUUAUUUGGAGUGACGAACAAACGUUUCUAACAGACUAAAGAUGCUACGUGUUUACAGCCUAAGAUUCAGGUUUUCUACUUGAGUUUUUCUCCGCCUUUGUUAAUCGAAGCUGUUUUGUACAUGUACAGUAGUGUGUGUGAAAACUGUAACUGUUGUUGGUGUUUGUCGUUCCUCAUCUUGAGUGAUUUCUGAUAUCGAUAAACACUUUGAGCUUCUUCUUCACGUUACACACAUCUCCAUUCUGCUGGAUUCUGCCUGACAAAACGCCUUUUUAUCACAAAAUGAUUGUUUUUAAAUGGACAGAGCUAUACAAAUGAUUUUCUAAAAACGUCUAAUCCCAAUAAAAUGGUGCUGUAGGAAAAUGCA